CUGUUCCAUUGAUGAAUGGGUAUGUAGAGGACUUCUUGUUACUGCUUUUCGGUGUUGUAAGACUAUUAAAAAGGGGUGAGUAUUGCGAAGAAUUGAUGGUUGGAUGCAGAAAUGGUGGAGUGAAAAUUUCAAAUUUGGUGGGUGUCAUGCGCAUUAUGGGGCACGCCGCCCCGUGCAUCGGACAUGUUUGCAUUCGACAUCCGGCAGUCGUUGUUCCCCUUAUGGAGGUAGCGUCGCGGCGAAGAUCUACUACUAACGAGACGCGCAUCCCGUCCUCGCGAAACCACCGAACCAUCUUGGAAAAAACCGCGUCCAGUUGGCCAUAUUUCGGCAGAUGGAGACCCCAAACUCGGAAGGUGUCGUCCUACCGGACAUUUCCGAAGCCGAACACCUUGCGAACGAGCACGAUGGCGGCGAGAACGGCGGCGACAACUCGGUGGACAAUAAGGACCACAUCACCGUCCAAACCGUAAGACAUGGAGGAGUUCCUGUCACGUUACCCGUGGGUUCCCUCAUCACGUCCACCUUCAACGUCAUCUCCUCGGAUCAGCUGCCUCACUUUAAGCCCAUGCUCUGUGUAGACAAUAAUGGCUACAUAGCGACUGAUGGCUCCGGCGGAGAGCUUAAGACGAUUGUCCUCCAGGAGGAGGUAUCCUCCGGCAAUACCCCAGUAGCCGUCUCCGCAGUUAACAUAGGCUCUUGGAGUGAGUCAGCCAGUCUACCUGUGCUACCCAUCCGAUGCAAAACCACAUCAGCUGAGUUGCAUAAGAACAGAUUUGGAUCAGGGGGCAGAGGUAGAUGCAUCAAACUUGGAACUGCUUGGUACACGCCUAGCGAGUUUGAGGCGCUCUGUGGGAGGGCUUCUAGUAAGGACUGGAAGAGAAGCAUCCGAUUUGGAGGUAGAAGUCUCCAGACACUUAUUGAUGAGGGUAUAAUACUUCCCCAUGCAACAAGUUGCACAUGUGCAGCUUGCUGCGAUGAUGAAACAGCCACAGGCCCAGUCAGACUAUUUACACCAUACAAAAGGAAACGAAGAAAAGAAAAUGAAGGAUCAAAUAAAAAACGGGAACACAGCGGGGAUGAUAGCGAAGAUGGUCAUCCUUCCAAGGAGGAGGCAUGGCAGAAUCUCGCUGAAGGAUUGGACAGCAGUGAAUACCACUUGAUGGAACCAGUUGGUAACUCUGACCCGACGGCGAUUUUAAAAAGAUUGGAAGAAAUAUCGAAUGCGAUCGGACGUUUAUCAAGUGAAUUCAAGCGAGGCGUUGAGGAAGUCAAAGAAGUGAUCAGUCGACAAACCGAGAAAUUUCAAAGGGAGAAGGAUUCCGCAGUGCUCGCUGCGAGGGUCGAAGCACAAGUUGCAGCCCUUCAGCCCGAAUCCAAUGAUAAUACUUUACAACCCUCCAUGGACAAUGAGCAACAGAAGAAGUGCGCAAAUUGUAAUAGGGAAGCGCUGGCCGAGUGUUCCUUGUGCCGAAGGACUCCAUAUUGUUCGACGUUUUGUCAGAGAAAGGACUGGGGUUCCCACCAAGUGGAAUGCGUUAGAGGUGUUGCCAAUGAUACGCAGCAACAGUCUAUUAUGCUCAUCGUCGAAAGCUCUGAGCAACAAUAAAUAUAUAGAAUUAA